AAAUGUCAAAUAAUGAAAAAAAAAAAAGAGAAAUGUCAAAUUGUCAAAAUUGAAAUGAAAAUCAAAAUACCACCGCUCACUUGAAAAUAUAUUGAAAACAAAAUGAGUUUACACAAAGCAAGGAUAAAAGCGUUUGAAGAAAUAUUACAACAAGAUAUCAUUGAUAUUGGACAACUGCAGAGACUUGCAUUCAACGGUAUUCCAGAUGAUAAAGGUCAAAGAUCCAUGGUCUGGAAGAUUCUACUUCACUACUUGCCCCAAGAAAAGCAGGCCCGUGAGACAACUCUUAUGAAGAAAAGGCAGCUAUAUAAACAAUUUAUUGAUGAGAUCAUCGUAUCCCCUGGUGGGCCAACCGACCAUCCUCUCAGCAACAGCCCGGGCAGCUCAUGGAGCACAUACUUCAAAGACAAUGAGGUUCUACUACAAAUAGACAAAGAUGUUCGCAGGUUGUGCCCGGAUAUCUCUUUCUUCCAAUCAGCAACUGAAUUCCCAUGUGCCGAGAUUGUAAACAGCAAUGGUGCGAAACGUUUGCACAAAAGAGUUGAACAGUCAGUUCUGAAAUACUCUACUUUGGAGAGACGAGGACUUGGUGUUGCAAAGUUGAGUAACGAAAUCCGACGAUCAGAGAGCUUAACGAGUGGUGACUAUGUGCCAUUGAAUGAAGGCAGCGAGGCGCACUGGGAGGUGGUGGAACGCAUGCUGUUCCUGUACGCGAAGCUCAACCCUGGCCAGGGGUAUGUGCAGGGCAUGAACGAGAUCAUAGGCCCUAUAUACCACACGUUCGCCAUCGAUUCCAACAAAGAGUAUAGAGAACAUGCAGAGGCGGACUGUUUCUUUUGCUUCACAAAUCUGAUGGCCGAGAUCAGAGAUUUUUUCAUACGCACAUUGGACGAGACUGAGAGCGGCAUCAACUAUAUGAUGAGUAGGCUCGGCGAGUGCGUCAAGACACAUGAUCCGGCCAUAUGGAGUCUGCUGGAGAAGCAAGAAUUGCGUCCACAGUACUACAGUUUUAGAUGGCUGACGUUAUUGCUCUCUCAAGAGUUCUCCUUACCAGACGUCGAGAGGAUCUGGGACUCGCUAUUCGCGGAUCCGAAUAGAUUUGAUUUUCUCAUACACAUCUGCUGUGCCAUGAUAUUGUUGGUGAGAGACAACCUGCUGAGCGGCGACUUCGCGUCCAACGUCAAGUUGCUGCAGAACUUCCCUCCGAUGGACGUGUCGCUGAUCCUCAACAAGGCGGCCCAACUUUCCCGCGUCUAAUCACCAACACUUACGAAUUUAUACAAUUUAUAAACCUGUGGUCAUUUGUAAUUUUGCAUUUAUAUAUUUAGUUUGGAAUGUACAAUAUUUUUCUAAACGUAUAUUACCUUCGAAUUGUUUGUUUUAGAUCUCUGUUCCAUUUUACACUUACCUUAAGACCAAACGUUUAUCUCUACCAUUCUCCCGAAUUACUAAAUCAAUUAUUAUAUACGUACUAUGAUAUUGAUGUAAGGCUUUAAUGUCCUAACUCUAGAGUAUAGAUGAUAGAAGGCGUAGAUGUUUCCAGAAAUUAUGUAUUUUUUAAAUAAUCUGCUGUAAUGUUUAUUUAGUUAUGUAUUUUCCGCGUCUGUUGUCUAUACAAAACAUAUAAUAGUAGCUGAUGUUAUUUAACAUAUUUAUGUGUCCAACAUACUAAUGUUGGACACAUAAAUAACAUAAACAUGGUCUUUUCACUCGAAAAUCUUCCUUAUAUUAUUCCAUAUGUUUUUGAAUCUCCUCUACCAUAACAUAUUUAGUCUAUUUUAAAGAAAUUUUAAGCUCCUAUGUGGAGAUUUUGAUAUUUCAAGUAUAUCGUAAAUGUAAUAAUUUUGGUUGAAUAUACACAUGUUUGAAAAGGAUAUAUAAAAUCACUAAAAAUAAAAAAAUAAAUUAAAAAAAAAUUGGUACCUUUUUAUCACAUUUUCUUAUAGUGUCAGCCAUUAUAUCUCAAGGUUAUACUAGGCAUUUAAUGUGUGUCAGUCCAUCUAGAGUCGUCUGUAUUUUGAUAAUGUUCCAAUUGUUUCGUGUUUAUUACCGUAGAUGGUAACGGCCACUUAUGUACGUGUCUCUUAAUAAUUAACCGGUUUAAAUGUAGUUAGGUAACCAAGUCGCGAAUUCGUGGCAACGCGGCCGAACUUGCAUAAAACUUCCAAAUAAGGCACGCAAUCAACUUAUGCUACUUUUACUGUACUUAAGUAAUACACUCGUUAUUUAGUGCCAGAUAAUCUUAAAGCAAUAUACGUACAUAAUCUUGAGUAUCAUGUAUACUAGAAUAUUACAAUCAAUAUAUGUCAGGUUAACAAUAUGCUUACAUAUAUUAAAUGUGCUGUCCGUUUCUAUAUUGAAUAAAUAAAAAUAUCUUUAGUGUUAAAGGUUUUGCGCGUACUAAAUUCCCACUACAUCGCUUGUUUAUGAUAUUAUUAUAUCGAGAUACAAAGUACUGUAUACAUAGGUGUUUCAGUUUGUAUUUUAUGUAAUGGUGAUAUAACAGUACCUUAUGCGUAUGAAUUAAUGCGUCUUACAUAUAGAAAUAUUGAUUUAAUUUUUCAAUAAUCCAGUAUCUGCUUUUGUUGUAUUAAAAUGACAUAUUUAAUGUGCUGUAAUCGCCAUAAUUGUAGAAUUUAUAUUUUGCUAUUGUUUGCUUGCCAGCGACUCCGUCCGUGUGGAAUAUUUGAUUUCCUUAGCCCUUUCAGAUUUCUUUGAGACAAUUACCCUUGAUAUCAGUGUCAUUAAUGCAGGUCGGCAUAAGGAACAAAAUGCCAGGGACCCUAGGCUUCAGGGGGCAUAAGAAUUGGCAAAUUUACUAAUCUUUCUGUGUAUUGACAAAAAAAUAGGUCGCCGGAAAAAUGUUUCUUAAUUAUUUCUUAUGUUUAUGAGAAUGUCAAACAUUGAAAUAAAACUAUUUUUUAGAUUUCACCGCGUUUCUUAUUAUAAUUUUUUCUCGGCAUUUCGAAAACUGCAGACUUUAUGGUUACCACUAUGAAGGCUGCGUCUGCAAAACAUAAUAGUUUUAUUUCAAUAUCUAAGGUACAUAUUUUUUGUUAGGUGAGACUUUAUUCGAUUAAUUUUCCACGGACCCUUUACGUUGUAGUUACGUUACUGCGUAAUAAACUAUUUUCAAUGAUGAGUGUGUAUUACUGAUGAAAGAAUAUAUUUUUUAAAUCCAUGUUUAAGAAGCUUCGCUAUAUGUUACGACUAUGCACCAAUCACUUUCAAAGAAUAGUUCGAAUUGUGUUGAUACUGAUUUGGUUAUAAUACAUAUGUCACCAUCAAUUUCUAUAUAUUUUGUCGCAAAUCUAUCUUAAGUAAUUCCAUAUUUUUGAAUCUCCUUUACCAUAUCAAAAGGAUUACCUAUGCCUAUUUUAAAGUAAUUUUUAAGCUCUCACGUGAUUUUGAUAUUUUAAGUGUAUCUUAAAUAUAUAAUUUUGAUUAAAUAUAGACAUGUUUGCAAAGGAUGUGUGUAUCUUUAACCGAGUUAUAUUACCCUUCUGUGUUAUUUUCUUUACAUAAUUUUCUUCUGUCAUUUACCUUUGACAAGGGAAAAAUUUGGGGCUCUGCUCAUUUUGGUCCAAUAUACUUACCAUCGUUGAUCCCAAUUGCAGCGCUAUCAUGUUAUCUGGCGAUUAUGGUUCAUAUUACUAUUCUGCAAAAUCGGUCAUUUUAUAUUCAUUUAUUUGUAUUGGAACAUUGAUAUUAAUUCACCCAUCGAAUAGAUUGUAAGCUAUAAAAGAACGUCAAAAUUAUGUUACCUUUAAUUUAGGACUAUAUUGUAAAUGAUGUUUGGAAUCAUAAUAUUCUUUAUUUAUAAUAUUGUAUACAGAUUCAAGAUUAAAUAUUUUCUAAUUUA